AUGUCUGUCGACGCCGACAAGUCUGCAACAUCCUCCCAAGCUGCCAGUCCCUCUCCCGCCUCCCCCGACAAGGUUGCAACGUCCACUGGCGACGCACACGCCACUCCAGACGUUUCUUCAUCAGCAGGGACAGCUACAAGCAACCCCACAGGGUUCGUCUUGCCUCCUGGGAUGGCGCCAAUCGCCGGGAUGCAGUUUCUCCCCUAUUUCCCGCCCAUGACGGCCGUCCCUGCCCAAGGAGGCGAGACAGGCGAGGGAAAUGCGCAAGCUCAAGCUACUCCAGGCGCGAUGAUGAUUCAUCCGGCAUUUCUUCAGCAAAUGUACUCUUACCCUUAUGGAAUGAUGCCCCCAGGCAUGAAGCUCAAGCGCAAGCAGGUCAAGAAUGCAUGUACGAAUUGUCAAAAGGCGUGCAAAAAGUGUGACGACGAGCGUCCAUGCACGCGGUGUGUCAAAUACGGCAUUGCAGACGACUGCCAGGACAGCGUACGCAAGGAACGUCGAAAGGGCAUCAAGCGAGGCUCCUACAAGAAGAAACCCUUGCCAGGCGAGGAGGACGAGAGUACAAGCGCGAACAAUGCGGCAUCUGCCGCUGCCGCUGCGGCACAAUUCCUCCCUGCAGCAGCCUACUCGGCUCAGCUUUACUCGCAGUGGGCGGCUGCAGCUCUCGGGGCCGCGGCUGGCGGAAAAGCUGGGGAAGGGACCGCAGGGUACUAUCCAUAUUUCAUCGCUGCUCCAAUGCCUCAGGGAGAUGGGAGCACGCCUGCUGAUGGAGGGAAUGCUGCUGUGGCUGCUCCUGCCCUCAUCCCACCAAUGUACUACCCUGGUUUUGCCGUCCCGCCCUCUGCAGAUCCGCCAGCCGCAGCGUCGUCCACCAGGCCGGAGAAGAGUGCAAAGGAUAAAGGAGACGAAGAGGAGUCUGAGGAUGCUAUGGACGCCGAGGAAGAUGCUGAAGAAGAUGACGAAGACGAAGAAGAAGACUAUGAACACGACAGCUCCAAACGAAAGCGUGGCAAGAAGAAGAAAAAGGGUAACUGA